CGAUUCUAUACUCUUUGUGAACGCUUCUUGAUGAUGACAUCUGAAACAAGACCGAAGAUCCUUCUCUUCGGUGCUGGCAGCGUAGGAACAGUAUACCUCUGGCUCCUAUCUAGGGUCGCAUCAACAACAGCAGUUUGCCGCUCCAACUACGACAUCGCGAAGAAGAACGGAUUCGUCAUCAACUCGUCCAUCUUUGGCCAGAAUAUAGAAUUUGAGCCUGACGUCGUACACGACUGUGAGGAAGCGGUUUCUAAAGCCUCGGCACCUUUUGACUACAUCAUUGUCUGCAGCAAAGCCAUCCCUGGAGUUGUUCCGCAGCUUAUCAGCCCUGCGGUGACCCUUGGGCAUACUGCUGUUGUCCUUGUGCAGAACGGAGUUGGUAUCGAGAAAGAGUACCAUGAAUUCUUCCCCGAGAAUCCAAUCAUAAGCGCAGUCGUCUACCUUCCGGCUACACAACGACCAGCAGGUGUCAUCAAGCAUGGCGAAGUCGAAAAGUUGCAAAUUGGAAGCUAUCCCUCGUUUGCACCAGAUCAGCAUGCGGAUGCAUUUACCAAACUCAUACAGUCCGCUGGUGGUACCGCAGAAUUCUACGAAGACGUCCAGCCCAAACGCUGGUUCAAGUUACUAGUCAACGCAUCCUGGAACCCGAUAUGCGCACUCACACUAAGCAAAGACACAGAAGUACUCAGCAGCUCAGAUGAAGCGUCUGAUGUGCUACUGGCAGUCAUGCUUGAGAUUCGGGAUAUCGCUGUUGCGUAUGGAUACAAUAUCACGAGAGAAGAGGUGGAAUACCAGCUUGGUCGGGCACAAGCUAGGAUCCCGAAGAACGCUGGCAUAGAGCCAAGUAUGUUACAAGAUGUACAGGCCGGGCGGAGGAUAGAAGUCGAGGCGAUUGUUGGCAAUGUAGUGCGCAUGGGCAAAGAGAAGGGUGUUUUGUGCGUUCGGCUGGAGAUGCUAUAUGUCCUAGCAAAAGCCCUGGAUUCACAGAUUGGGAGAAGUUAGAACGAGCAGCUGCGAGUGAGUAUAGAGACUAGUGCGGUAUAUUCUCGUGUGUCAUUAUUUCGCUGAACAUUCGAAGUGCCUCACAUCUUACAACAAUGUUCCUCCCCUGACCACUUUCUUUACGCUAUCUUCUUUGUUUUCUUGUAGUUAAAGUCCAUUUUGUCACUCUUUAUACUUGCAACCUCUUUCAUUGAUUUUCACAAUGUCGUAACGACGCCGUUUCACUGCCCGCG